CAAGCUGUAGGCCCACCGCUAGCGGAGGCGUGGAGCCAACUGUGGCGCGCAAAGCGCUCCGCCAGCCCUGGCUCCCCCCAGCCCUGGCUCCCGCACAGGCUGCCGGGGGGGGAGAGACUCAGCCGGGGGCUCACAAAAACCGCCUGCCUCCGCGGAGGUGGAGAAGCAGCCAAAACAGCCUCCGACAGCCUCCUGCAGCUCUCUGCAGGCGGACCCAGCGCUGCGUCCUCCGCGCUUCCUGGCGUUUUUUUUUCUGCGUCCCGCAGUCCCCGUCGAAAACCGACUGGCUGCUGGACUGCAGCGACUUUUCCCACCCCUUAACAGCCCCCACCAAUGCCCGGGUGUCUCCUUGCAAGCUCAGGCAUGCAGUCCCGACGGUCUCUCCGGGCCAAAAUGUAACUGGAACUGUUUGAGGGAAUCGCAGUGUGCGUGAUGGAGACUUCCGGGAGUGAUGCUGCGGUCACAGACGCGGGGAGAGCGGAGGACAGAGACGGGUACUACGAGCCGGAACAUCUCCCGCCGCUGCUGGAGGAUGAGGAGAACGUGUCCCUGGCCGACAUCCUGUCUUUGCGGGACAGCUGCCUGUGUGAGGAGGAGGUGUGGGCGGUGUGCGCCCAGUGCGCCGUGGCCCUCCAGAGCAUCCGGCCGUCCCACCUCUUCCACACCCUGUGCAUCACGCCGGACACUCUGGCCUUCAACGCUCACGGGAACGUGUGCUUCAUGGAGCAGCUGAGCGAUGAUCCGGAGGGCUCCUUCGUGCCUCCUGAGUUUGACAACACGGGCAGCACGUUUGAGGGCCAUAUUUACUCUCUGGGCUCCACUCUCUCUGCCGCACUGAACUUUGUCAUCGAGCCAGAGCUCCAGGCGGAUCUGGGGGAAGAGGUGCAGAAGCUGCUGGAGCAGAUGCAGGAAGAAAAGCCUGAGGACAGGCCGCUGCUGAAGGACAUCCUGUCGCUGGCUGAGGAGCGGCUGUCCCACGCCUCCUCUGCAGCCGUGUGCCGAAAACUGUCCGCGAUCGGCCGACGCGUGCUCUCCAUUGAAUCGGUUUCAAACUUUCAAGAUGGACCGGAAGGCUCAUGGGAGGCAAGGUGGCAGCAUUCCAAACCCAGAUGUCUUCUGAAAAGACUGAGCUCAGACGAUAAGACCAGAGACUUAUCUGACAGUUCUGUGACAAACAGUUUGUCUAGACUGCAGGUGUGUGGGGGAUGGGAUUCCUCUCUCUGGGCUGAGGACAUGGAUGACAGCGAAGGAGACGGCCUGGUUUUGAUGGACGAGAUGGACUGCCGGUCUCACAACAGCUCCCCGGUGAGGAGGAGGGCCCAGCAGAGGCUGAUCCGAGCCAGAGGAGCUCUCAACCGCUCCUGCUCGGUCCCAGACUCCAACAACCCCCCAUAUCCGUCCACCCCGCCGCCUCACGGAGACAUCAGCGUUCCCGUCUCCGACCUGACCGAGAUAGGGGCCGACGAGCGCUCCGGCCGCAGCUCUGUGUGGAGCAAACGGCUCCAGACGCUGAACCGGGUCCAGUCAUGUGACCCACGCUGCGGCGCCGAGGGCAGCAAGGAGGAGGCUUUAAGGGACGAAGACGUGGGAGCUUGCCUCAGAGAAACCGAUGCCCGGGAGUACUGUGAAGGGAGCAUCCGGGACCUGGAAAUGGAGCGGGACUCUCCGAAGGACCGGAGCACGCUGAACCACAGCCUCUACGUUCCCAAUAACUACAUGACCAAAAGCAUGCUGUGCCUGAAUGAAGAAUCUCAAGAUGAGUGGAUAUCACUACGGGAGCUACUGACUCGCUGUGGACGGAGGCUGACCGUUAAUGAGCUGUGGGCCCUGUGCCACACCUGUCUGUCAUCUCUGCAAACGUACAUCGACUUUCCAGCUUAUUUAUGCCUGGACACAAUGUACAUGAGCUGUGAGGGAGAUGUGCUUUUUCUGAAACCUAAAAACAUAGGUUCCCAGGAUGAGUUUUACAUUGCUCCGGAGUAUCAAGAGCAUGGGAUCGUAACCGAGAAGGUGUGCGUUUAUGGGGUCGCCGCCAUUUUGUGGGCCACCGCCAAGUUCAGCUUAGCGCCUCACCAAAAGCUGGCCAUGCCUCGCAAACUAAAGAGGCUGCUCCUGGAGAUGGCUAAGAGGACACCCAUGGAGAGGCCUACCAUCGUUAUGGCUAAAAAAAGCUGCCGUGACAACUUAUCCCGUCAGGGGACGAAUGCGGAGACGGUUUGGGGCAGCCUCAUCAGCCGAGUUCACCCGCCGGCCUCGAAACCCGACGACGCAGAAGACUCGAGCGCCGCCGAAACUGGCCGGUGCUCGUCCGAAGAGCCUGCAGUUAACAGUGGCUUUGUUGCCAUGGCCACUGAGAGCCGAUUAGCUCCUGUGCCUGGCCCUGUCCCCCACAGCUAUCCAGUCAGGACGGAACUCCGGCUCCCAGAGGCCUUCACUUCCAGCGCCACACACUUCACCCCCAUCAUCCUGACCACUGAGGGGGACGUAGAGGAGGAGAGCCGGAAUCUGGAGGCUGCCGCUGAAGGGACUGCGGAUGGAUUCACAAAAAGCAGUGAGGACGUCGUGGAAAACCACCUUGAUUUCCCCGCGCCUUCCAAGAGCCCAAGUCCGGCUCAGCAUGGCCUACAAACGCAAGAUCCAUCCCGCUGUCGGGCGCUCGUAAGCCCCUGCGGACUCGUGGCCUCUCCCUCGGAAUGCUCAGAGGUCUCUCUUCCUCUGCCACCACCCGCUGACCUCGGCGGUUGCGGGAUUUUCAACAACUACCUGUUUCGGCAGGAUCCCGCUACGGGACACCUCUCCUUGGUGCCCGUGCAGGUCAGGGCCCCCGAGUCUCUGCUCGGGCUGGACAUCGAUCUCUCUUUGGCCCCGCGGCCUUUGCGGGAGCUGGUGACGCUCCCGGAGGGAAAGUGCGGCCUGCUCGUCCACUGUCUGGACGCGCCCCCGACGGCCGGAGUCCAGAAAUGCGACGCGCCGUCGGAUAAUUUCGGCGGAAGCUCGAUCCUUUUUGACAGCUCCCCGGAGCACAGAGAGCCCAGCGCACAAACAAAUCCACAAACACGAGGCGGGAGCAAGUCCACCCCUCCCAAAGUCCACCCUGCCCUACAGGAGGUGAUUGACCUGCUCAAAGGAGAGUUUCCAGUCAGUGGACAUUUAGACAAUAGGCACGGGGACAUUGCCAUGGGGGAGUACAUCUUCUCUUUGAAGCACCUCCAGUACCAGGCCUUUGCCAGCAUCGUGAGGGAGAAAUUCAGCGACCUGUACUGGGAAGAGGACUUGCUGGGUGUGCUGCACUGCCUGGUAAACUACAGCCCCUCCGCACUCGGCCUUAAUGAGCAGGCUUCAUCAAAGGCGGCGAAAAGGGCGGCGCUCCCCCCGCCCUUUGCAGCCAGCCUCGGCAGAGGGAAGGGACGAGUUUGCCUCGACCUGAAUGGAAACAUUCGCACGAGCGGCCCCGUCGCGGCGGACUCUCGGGAAGGAGCCCAGGCCCGCUCCCGCCCCGGGGGGAAGGAGGCUCUGGGACCAGAGCAAAGCGGGCGCCCUCCACGUCAAGGUGCGAAGGCUUGCAGUCGGGACUCCGGGGCCAUGGAGGGAGGGGACCAUUCAGCGGGGGGCAGCGAUGAAAGCCCCUCUGAAGCCCACUUCCUGUCGGGGAGAGACCAGCAGAUGAGCCCGGACUGUCGCCCGGACGACAUGGAGGACGGCGACUGGUCGGCGCCGGAGCGCCUCCUCCCGCCCGGAGGCCUGGGCCCCGGCCCCGGCUGGGCCCUGGCCUUCUUCGGGGAGGACUGCUUCGGCCCGGAGGUGACCGACUACGCCCUGAACCUGGGGAAACACAUGGGGUCGGCCAGUCUGGAGGCGAAAGCACAGGAACUGCAGCAGCAGCUGCUCAUCGAGACCAGGAACCUGAAGAAGACCAGGAACUUCUACCAGAGGCUGCUCCAGCAGGAGAGGAAAAGCAAAGGGUCGGAGGGCAAGCUGAUGCUCUCCAAGCUGAGGUCCCAGCUGGAGGAGCUCAGAUCCAGGGUGCUCUUCCUGGACUGCGUGAGGAAGUACCUCGAGAUCCUGAGCGUUGACCAGUGGGGGUUGGAGGUCUCGCUGCUGCCCUCCCUGGCCGCGUGCGGACCUGACUCGUUGGAUCUCCAGUCCUCGGAGGACCCCUCGGUUCUGAGCUUCGGCACCAGCAAAGGGAAGGUGGCCCUGCAGGCCGGGUCUCCUCUGGGCCUCAUGGCUCACCUUUACGCCAGGCACGCUGCUGCGGGGGGCUACAUCCAGCAGUUUCUGUACACGUACCGUUUCUUCUGCACGCCGGAGCAGCUCCUGCACUUCCUCAUGGGGAAAUUCAGCAGCGCCGCCAGGGAGGGCCCCGGCAUGUCGGGCGACAGCGAAAGGGUCUUCCAUCGCAGCUUGGACCUGCUUCGGCUCUGGAUAGUCGAGUGCAAACCGGUGGAUUUCACCCCGAACCCCAGCCUCGUGGAUUCGUUAGAGAGGUUUCUUAAUGCCGAGGUGAUUCCUGUAGACGGGCGGGGGGAGGCCCUCCUCGCCGCCCUCCGCGGGCGCCAAAGCGCGGCGGCGCUGAGCCGGUCGAGGGGCAGCCUGCUCAGCUUCGACGAAGACGAGGAGUCUCUCUGUUUGCGUUCGUCCUCAGAGGAUCUCAGCAGGAAGUGGAGGAUCUCGCGGAUGGUGGAGCCCUCCGCCUCCGCGUCCAAAGACAAGGCCUUCUCCAUCGCCGCCGCCCUGCCCGUGCACUGCUACGACCUCGCCAACAUCUGCCCGCAGAGCAACGAGCAGCUCCCGUUCGGCCAGACGGACUUCGCCGCGCAGCACGUGGCCCAGCAGCUCACCCUCCUGCAGCAGGAAAUAUUCCAAGGAUGCCACCCGGUUCAUUUCCUCAACUCCAGAAUACAAGGAGUGAGAGAUAAUGCCCUGAGUUUGAACAAGAAUGUGUCUCAGCACAUCCCUCCAGCAGAGACGGGCGGUGUGCUGGUCCAGGAGGGGACCCCUCCAGACAGCCGCCUGCAGCGGCUGCUCUCCUACGCCGACGCCGUCGCCAACUGGAUCUCCACCGAAAUAAUCCUCUGUGACUCCGUCAAGACCCAAGUUGCCUUGCUGACCAAGUACCUGUGGGUAGGAAAACACUGCUACGAGUCGAGAAACUUUGCCACAGCCAUGCAGCUCCUCGGAGGUCUGGAGAAUGUGAUUGUCAGGCAAUUACCAGCUUGGAAACAUCUGGCUUCCAAGGUGUGCGAGAUCCUGGAAGAGCUCCGAGCCGUGCAGGUUUUCCUGAAGAGCGACGAUCUGUGUCUGAUGGGAGGGGAACAGGCGAGGAAGAGGCCCACGCUGCCCCCGGCGCACAUCUUGGCCAUGCACGUUCAGCAGCUGGAGAUCGGCGCGUUCACUCUCACCUCCGGGGCCUACAAGUGGAACAAACUCAGAAACAUCGCCAAGGUGGUGAGCCAGGUCCAGGCCUUCCAGGAGGCCGUGUACUCCUACGGCCCGGACCGCGACCUGCAGGCCUACCUGCGCCAGCGCAUGGCCUGGCUGGCCGCCUCCGACGUCCAGCUGGCGGCCGGCGGCGGCGAGGCCGGCCUCCAGCAGUCCUGCGAGCGCCAGACGCGGCGGAUCCAGGACCGGCUGCGGCGGGUGAAGGCCACCUUCCAGUGA